GGGCUCUUCAUAUAUGUGGCCAUGUCUACGGCACCGUUGCGCUAGGCUGUCGUUCCUCGUUUGCUCUACCCGACAGUCGUUCGUUUCCACGAUGCGUUCUGCAGCAACUUUCGUCGUGUUGGCCCUCACGGGCGCAGUCGAUCUCGUCGCGGCGGGUCUUUGCAAGCCGUCGAGCAUUUCUUCUUCGAGCGGAAUCAUCGCCACUCCCACGGACCCCAGCGCGUCGUCCAGCACCACCCCAGCACCCCGGGUCGUCACUAAUGAGGUCGUCAAUGGAAACUUUGCAGUAACCGACCCGGAUACUCCCAGUGGAAUCAGCGACUUCAACAGCGAUGGAAACUGUCAACAAGUCCAGGGCCCGGGAUACCAGGGCGGCGGUAGCUCUGACAAAGGCUGUGUCCGGAUGAACUCGCGAACCCAGACAGUCACCCCAGACAAGCGACAGGAGGUUGACUACAACGCCAUGGUUGAGCAGCAACUCUCGGAUUUAAGCAGUGGAAACACCUACACUGUCCGUUUCUACUACGCCAUCUUGAGGAACGACGUCGCGAACACCUGCCGAGUCAACGCCUACUACGGCAACGAACUAUUCGGAUCAACGCCCUACUUCCCUGUGGUGGCUGAGAUCACAGAUGGAAACGUCGCGUGGCUCGAAUUCGUCCACCAGGCUGUUGCCCGGACAAGCAGUGGCUUCAUCAGAUUCGCCCUGACCUGUACCGGAAGCGGCUCGGCCGAAAUCUACAUCGACCAGAUCUUCGUCUCUGAUAAAGUUGAUCCCGAAAACAUCAGUGGAGUCCAGCUAUCAUACAUCUCUUCGCAUAUUGCCUCGUCAACUGCAGUUCCUUCGAGUACGACCUCUUCAGCGACGUCUGCCACCGUCACUAGUUCUACCACAUCCCGUACAACAACAACCACCUCGUCGUCAUCGACCACGACGACAACCGCACCCAGUUCUACAUGCGGCCUGACCAACGGCGAGGGCUGCUCCCUUAAUCCAAGUGUUGAUCCAACUGUCUCCUGCCAGACCACUGGUUUCCUCGCGCAGCCAUCGCAGGCGUUCUCUAAGGAAGUCUAUCCUUACCAGAGCACGCCCGAGCAAUGCGCGGCCGUCUGCGCCCAGGUGGCUCGCUGUGUUGCCUCCGCAUACGAUCGCUUGUCAAAAUACUGCGUCUUCAUCACCAACUCUCUUGACAGUGCUGGGUUCGAGGAGUCCUCCAACGGCGUCGGCUGGAGCGACCAGGCUUGCUGGGAUUGCCCUACCUGUUGAGAUCGAUACGACAUAUGGACGAACUGAUAUGCUGGAAUUAAAAACUUGUCUGAACAAAGGAGUGCCGAAUUUAACAUUGAGCUUGUGGCAACAACCAGCUCAUCCGGACCUGGUCGACAUCGGUUUGGACAAUGGCCCACCUAAAAAGUGCGAAUGGUUAGAUCCUCCUUGCCGACAGAUAUGUGUCUCAGUAUCCUGCAAAGAUAUCGAAUUGAUACUACGAUUGGUAUUACUAAAUGGACCUAUGAGCGCAGAGACAAGAUGCUUUUUAUGAAAUAGAUAUGAACUGCCAUCGCGAUUUUACAUAAUAGAUGCCUAGAUUUUGAUAUUAGCCCAUGAUCAAAC